GACCUCGGGCGGCGGGCCGCGUCGGCCGGGCAUGGCGGCGUGGAGCCCGGCCGCGGCGGGGCCGCUGCUCCGCGGGAUCCGCGGGCCUCCUCUUGUCCACUGUGCCCAGCGGAUGUUUGCCUCGCAGACUGAGGGGGAGCUCAAAGUGACCCGGAUUCUCAAAGAAAAGUUUCCUGGGGCUACAGCUAUCAAAGUCACUGACAUUUCAGGAGGCUGUGGGGCGAUGUAUGAAAUCCAGAUCGAGUCAGAAGAAUUUAAGGAGAAAAGAACCGUCCAACAGCAUCAAAUGGUCAAUCAGGCACUAAAAGAAGAAAUCAAAGGGAUGCACGGAUUGCGGAUAUUUACCUCUGUCCCCAAACACUGACCAUGGCCUGGCUACAUAGAUGCUGCUACUUAACGCCUUUGGAUGAACUUGGCUGACACCAUCCUUUCCUAGGCAUUUAUCAAAAAAGUUAUGUAUUUUGUUCAUAGACAUUUCUGUAUUAUAAUCAUAGAAGGAUAUGUUCUCUAUUUAGAGAUUAAUUAAAGGCAACAGACAACUGAAACCUUUGAAGAGCCACUGGUGAUGCAUCCAGUUCCUUUGUUUCAGAGGCACUGUCCUUUUGCCCAGAGUGCUCUUGUCCUCAGACACUGCUGUCUUGCUGCUACACACGCGGAUUGGAGUGCCAGCUAGUUGUCAUGUCAAGAGACUUUCUUGUUUCUUCUCCUCUAGGGAACUAUUAAGGCCCCUUAAUCUUACCAAAAAAGAAAAGAAAAAAAGGAAAGAGAAAAAAAAUAUCGUUUGGUUUUACUAUUCCCUCAGUUUAAUGCCUGUCUUUCCCUUCCUCCAAACUUCUUACCAGAAUGAUGUUAGACCUUCAAUUUCUUACUACCUGGCGUGGACUCUGAGGAGUCUGGGACGCCAGGGUCAAGGUCUUCUUCCUGCUUGAAGAUCUGCCACACUCUGCAUCUCACCUCCCACAGCAGAAGUGGAAAAGGUUUGCUUUCCCAGCUCCCUCGCCAAUGGGCACAGGUCGGUGGUCUAGACCCAGCCCAUCAGACGGAUCUGGACUUUGAAUUGGGGAGCUGAGAAGGAGGGGUAGUGGCACGUCCAUCCCAGCAGCCGCGGCAGCAGGGUCCGGCGCUCCGCCUGUGCGAGACUGUGGGAGAGUUUGUGUAACAAGCUGCCGUCUCUGGAGUCUGCCGUGGCCGUCGCAGUGUCUGGGUCGGUGGCAUGAUUUUUAGGCUCUGGUAACAGAGCCUUCCCCGUUCCUGCCCAAAGCAGAAGCUGGUUCGCCAUUGUUCCCACAAAUCUGUGACUGUUCCAUGUCCUUUCACUAAAUUCUUUAUUGUUCACAC